AUGAGUUCAAAUACAGUGGCUACGUUGGAUCGAUGGCUACUGUCCACGAUAUUUGAGCAGAUAAAUGACAAUAUGCGUGAAACAUACCGCAAUGUUGAUCAUGAGAUGAAAUUGAUCACCCAGUUCAUUACUAAGAAACUCAUAAAUAUUAGUGAUCCUCAUACGAUACGAUUAAAGUUAAAAAAGGCAAUUGACAGACUACAAACACUUGACCAGUUGGUUAAACAGUCAAACACAGAGCAGGAAAAUUACUUUGAUACUAUAGUGGAGCGUAUUGACAUGCUUUCUGCCGAACCAAAUCUUCAAAAUGUACAACAAAAUCCUAAUUUCAAUAUUACAAAUGAUUAUGUUCAUAAACGCGUCUCUUGGACACUAAUGGAGUUUCUUAAUCGUCGCGGCUACAUUAACACAGCAAAACAAUUGGCGGCUAAGGAGAAUUUGAAUAACUUGGCUGACUUAGAACUUUUUACUGAAGUCAAGCAUGUGAGCGAUCAGAUAAAAUCUGGUAAUUUAGAGGGAGUGUUAAAAUGGAUUAAUAAUUACCGAUAUAAGUUAAACAAGUUAUAUAUACCGCUAGAGGAUCAAGUGCUUGCACAAAGGAUUAUUAACGCUGCUGCAAAUGAUGAUAUGGAAUUGGUGGUAAAAUUGAUUGAACAGGGCGGUGGCAAGACGGAUAGUCCGGAAAUUAGAAAGGCUAUUACCUCAUGCCUCAAGGGGAUAAAUGUUAAUGACACAAAGGAUAAAUUGGACAGCAUACUGAAGUUAUAUGAAUCUGCUGUUGCACAAGCUCAAGGGUAUAGUGAAUAUCCUCUAGUACACUAUAUUUUACAUGCUGGAUUUAGUGCAAUGAAAUCCAAGGCGUGUCGGGACUGUCGUGCCAUAUCUUGCCCUUCUUGCUGCCCCGAUUGGUCGGUUUACGUAGAACAAGUGCCUACACUGCACCGAUUACAAAGCGUAUUGGUUUGUCCAAUUACUGGUCAGGUUAUGGAUGACUUAAAUCCGCCUAUGGCCAGCCCAGACGGUAUCGUUUAUUCAUAUAAUGCCCUAAAAUGUUAUACCGAAGAGGGGAUUGUAACAUGUCCCAAGACAGGGCAUAAACAUCCCUUUGAUAGUUAUACCAAGUUGUUCAUAACUUAA